UCUGCCCUUCAGUGCAGGCCCCGUCCACUCUUCUUCAUUAGAUUCCCCUCUCUCUCUCUCUCUCUCACUCUCAGACCCCUUUGUUCCUCUCUCUCUUGACCCGAUCAAUUUCGCCAUGGAUGUACAAGUCGGAGAACCACCUCAGCCCGCGAAGCAUGCGUAUUCAGUGUUUGCGAUUCCGCCCGAGGACGUAACGGCGCGGCUUAAGAAGCUGAUGGCGGGGCUCCGGUUGGAGUUCGGCGGGCCCGAGUUCGAACCCCACGUCACCGUGGUCGGCCCUGUUAGCCUGACAGAGGAUGACGCGAUCGACAAGUUCCAUGCCGCUUGUCAGGGCGUCAGAGCCUACACCGCCACCGUUGAGAAAGUGGCCACCGGCACCUUCUUCUAUCAGUGCGUCUUUCUUCUCCUCCAUCCGACGCCUCAGGUAGCGGAGGCUAGUUCACACUGUACCGGUUAUUUUGGAUACAAGAGCUCAACCCCUUAUAUGCCUCAUCUGAGUAUCCUUUAUGGGGACUUAUCCGAUGACGAGAAAAAGAAAACUCAAGAGAAAGCCAAUAUACUUGAUGAAAACAUCGGCAACCUCAGCUUCCAGAUAAGCAGCCUUGCUUUGUACGAAACAGAUACUGAAGACUGGAAGAAGAUAGCUGAAUUCUAUCUUGAUGCUAAUUAGGUAGAAACAUCAGACGCAAGGAAAACACAUAGCUCAGCCGGGAUCAAAGAAACCCAGUUCUGAUUUAGUGUUCCUAAAGAAAAAGAUGGUAACAUGGCUCGCUUAAGGUACACACUCUUAAUUGGUGUGCACCAAACAGUUUGUCUUCCAUUUUCUAUUGGUAAAUCCCCAUAAAAUGUAUUUUCUCAUUCCAAAAAUAAGUCUUAGUUUGGAUGACAGUAAUUUUGAGGGGAAAUGUGAAUGUAAUGCCAUAUUAUCAUGAUUCCUAUGCUUGGAAUGACUAGAAUGAGAAUGCGAUUUCCCGUGACAUUAUAUUCAAUCAGGAGCCACAUUUUCAAAUUAUGUAGGAAUGUGAUCCCUCCCAUCCUCCAUGGGAAUUCUAUAUUCCUGACUCAAUCUAUAAAAAAGAGUUAAUGUUUGACUCUACUACAUUACCAAAACAACUUAUUCCUCAAUAAGAUUGCUGAAUCAAUAGAAACAUCAUAAAUUCAUAAUAGAAUUAAUCCGGGUCUCGAACUGCUAGGAUUUGAAAUCAUGAUAGUCAAAUUCCCAUUCUCACUAAAGAUUACUAGCAUCAAACUGAUAUGGUAUAAGAUUAAUUAAUAGCUUUAACUAGCAAGAUUAACGUAAUCUGCUCAAUCAUUCUCAAUCACCUUCACCUAUAAAUCAUUAAAUCCUACAGCCUUUCUAUCAUUCAAAACUCAUCCCCUUUCCGAACAUCUUAUGCCAAUUUGACAACCAAAAGCAUCAUGAGGCCAAGCAAAAGAGUCAUAAUCCUAAUUCUUUCAGUCUUCUCCACAAUUGCUAUCAUGGCUGCAAAGGAGCAGCACAACACAAAUCCAGUGCUAGGCAUCUCCCUCCCAAAGCAACAUUCUUCGUUGCAAUGCCAGCAAAGUCUCGGUAAAGGGUGCGAGGAGACGCUUCGAAAGCUAUACACAACACACAGAGCAGUGCUGCUCCCGCCGUGUUGUAAAUCGGUAUUAGGGUUGUCCGAUUAUUGCUUCAGAGACAUUUUCUCAUCUGAUUUUACCAUUGGGUUUGGUAAUACAGUCAAGAAAGUCUGCAUUCAGAUCAUUGGUUUUGUUCCUCCUUCACCUCCCAAGUAUGUACUACCAUAGAAGGUCAUGACAUUGCUUUACAUAAUCUUGGGUUGUGUACCAAGAGAAAUGGUUGUUCUCUUAUCGAUUCUAAUCUUGCCCUAUGAUAAUUAUAUGAAGUAAAUCACCAUACUUAUUUUACA